AUGGGGACUCGGGGCCUGGACCCCAACCCGGGGUCACGCCCGGGGGCCCAUCGGAGACUCGGGGCCCGGACCCCCGACCCGGGGUCACGCCGGGCCGAAGGCAGGCGCUGCCCCGCGGAGCCCCGGGCGCCCAGGAACCACACGUCUAACCUGGAAGGCUGUCCGCGGCCGACUCGCGGGUCUGGAGCCGCCUCCGCCCGCAGGCGUCCCCCUGAGUCAGCUCCGAGGCGCACGGAGGGGACCCGGUCCCGGGCGCUGAGCCCCGCCGCGCGCGGCCCGGGGCGAGUCCUACCUGGCGGCCCGGGGACGGGCUCCGGGGACGGGCUCCGGGGACGGCCGCCGCACCCGCCCCGCACCUGCCCGCACUGCCCCGCCGCCGCCGCCCAGGAGCGCGGGUGCAGGCCCCGGAGGCCGCCGACCGCAGGCUCCACGCCCGCCGCUCACCCGCCGCCGGCUCCCGGGGGCCUCGGGGCCCGAGCAGCCGCCACUCCGCGGGGCGCCAGGCCCGGGCCCGCCGCCGCCGCCGCCGCCGCCGCCGCGCUCAGCCCAGCCCCAUCGCCCGGGGCCGCUCGGGGUCGCUCGGGGGGCGGCCGGCGACGAAGCGGCCCCCUCCGCCGCGGCGCCGGGACCUCAGCGCGGGCAGCGGCCGGGGAGCGCGGCGAGCUCGGGCCUCCCGCGCCCGGAUGUGAGGUCACGUGGCCGCCUCGGCCGAGCGCGCCGCGGAGGGGCGCGGGACGUCGGGGGCGGGGCCUCAGGGGCGGGGCCUUGGGGGGCGGGGCGGGGGGCGACGGCGCAGGCCCCGCCCCGCGAGCCAAGGGAUGCGGCGGGAAGGCCCUCGCCCAGCCGCCGAAUGCGGGCGGGAGGCUGCGGCUGCGAGUGCAGGGCAGGGGGCCCCGCGCGCCGGAGGCGGACCUGCCCCCCACACCCCGGCCCCGGCCGCGCAAACACGAGCUCUUAGCACAAACGUCCCGCGAGGGGCCUGCAAGCCCGGCCCACGGUCCAAGUCACGGGGGAGACGGGCGCGGCCCGUCUGGAGCGGGAAGCCAGAUCCCAGCCGUGACCCAGGUCUCCGCCGCUGCCUGCGGCGCCCCCGCCCCCGCCCCCGCCCCCGCCCCCGCCAAAGACAGAAACGCGCAAUUCGCCUUCGGCGGCGGGCUCUGCGCCACGGGCCCCGGGAGGGGCGGAAGCGGACCCCAGGGACCCCCACGCCCACCGCCUGCGGCGCCGGAGGCUCUUCCGAGGGCGCUGGAGGCAAACUCCGCACCUCCGUCCGCACCGCCCCCCGCACCUCCGUCUGCACCUCCCCCUGCACCUUCCCUCCGCACCUCCCUCCGCACCAGCCCCCGGAACCUCCGUCUGCACCUCCCCCGCACCGCCCCCCACACCUCCGUCCGCACCGCCCCCCGCACCUCCCCACGCACCUCCAUCCACACCUCCCCCCCCGCACCUCCUCCUGCACCGCCCCCCGCACCUCCCCACGCACCUCCAUCCACACCUCCCCCCCCGCACCUCCUCCUGCACCGCCCCCCGCGCCGCCCCCCGCACCUCCGUCCACACCUCCCCCCUCACCUGUCUGCACCUCCCUCCGCACCUCACCCCGCACCUCCCCCGCACCUCCGUCUGCACCUCCCCCGCAUCGCCCCCGCACCUCCGUCUGCACCUCCCCCGCACCUCCCCCCCCCCCCAGAGGCUUGGUCUCCACAGGCUGCCCACCCGACCCGUGCCGCGCCUUUGGUUUCCGCCACCUGCUGCCAGGGCUGCGCCCACCUGGAAGCGCGCCUCCCUGGGGGCCUCCCUACACCUGGCGACUUAGACGCGACACGGGGACGGGGGCGACCCGCCCGGCCUUCCGCCACCGCACCCGAGACCCCUCCCCGGAGGCCAAAAGCAUUCCGGCUCCGGUUCAGUAGUGGCACCUGGUGA